ACAAAACCAGCUGUGAGAUUAACUUAUGAGAAACCUGGUUACCCAUCCUGUGAGCCAGUUACCAUCAUGCACCAUGGUAUGGUCAUUCAACUCAAGUUAAACCCUCCAGACCAGGACAAACGAACCAAAAACAAGGUGCAAAACGUCCAGAAGGUUCGCAGAGGAGGAGACAAUGUAUCAUCCUUCCGAGUUAAAGAGAGACAUAAGGUGUGAUGAGGACAUCUACACGGUCAGAAGGGGGAGGGUGUAGCCCUGUACAAAAUCAUUUCGGUUAUAGUACAUAAAAUAAAAUGUUAAAAGUAUAAUAAAUAGUUGUAUUAAAAGUUCAUAAUAUGUUCAAGAGAAGAUUCAUAAGAUUUAAAACUGUUUAAAAUAAGUGUUGUAAAAAGGGAAUAAAUAUAAUACUUUCAGUUUAAUACAUUUGACUAUUUACAGUUAAAAGAUAAAGUAUUUACAAAGGUCUUAAGUUCAUUUAAAACAUUUGUGAUUAGGAAAGAAGGAGAGAUGAAGAAGCAGUUUAGUUUCUGUGUGUAAUCUAACUUGAUACCUGUCUUAUGUCAAUCAUUCCAUUCUUGUGUUGUGUUUGGUUGUUAUCAACCUCACAAGCCAAUCAGAGUACACCAUUUACGUAAGGGGCGGGACUAGUGGUGCAGGUUAGUGUGGGGUGAAGGUGAACAUGCAGCAGGAGAGACGCAGACGCUAUCGAUCAGAGAGCUGAGACGGAGAUAUUCUGAGUGGGGAGCAGUUAAGUUUUAUCGUGAAGGUCGACUACUCGUGGUCCUGAUUUAAACUUCUGUGACCUGCAAGAGGGCGGACGUUGGAGAGAGAGGUCGAGACGGGUUUUUCCAACAGACGGCCCUGCUGUUUUCCUACGUCUUCUUUGAACUUCGCUGUUGUGCGCCAUUGCCCUCGUGAGACUGCAUUGUUUGUCCCCGCCUAUCCAUACUAAUCCAACUGGAAGUUUGUGAGUACUAACUGAACAUUGUGCACGUGCUUUUUAUUUUAAGCUCAGUAGAGUGAAGCGGCCAUCACCGUUUUAGGCCACACCGCACCCAAGCUACAUUCAACAGGCCUGCAACGGGUUAAGUUUUGAAUACCAGGUUGUUUUAAUGUUGUGUGUUUCAUGUGAGUGUGUGUGGGCCCACAGGUAAAUGUUUAUUGAUAUAUUAGUGUUUGGAAAGUAACAGAGAACUGUUGAAUAUAACUCAAGUAUUCUAUAUAUUUGUUAUUGUUGUUUUUUUACCUUUUAUUUCAUUUUGUAUAAAUAAAUACCUCUGAAGGUUUUGCAUUUAAAGUACAGUUGUGGUGGUCCUUAUUAAAGUUACAAACCUUAUUAAAGUUACACACCUUAUUAGAGUUGUAUUUUUCUAAAAGAGCUCAGGCCCUGUCCCAUAGUAUUAACAACUCUAGUUUUAAAUUUAAUUACAUGGGACCUGGGUUACAUAAAUGGAGGCACCGCUGGGAUUUUUAUUGACAUAAAGUAAAUGAGACAAUCAAAAGUAACUGGACCCCACAACUUUAGAACUUUAAUGUAAAAGUAACACGUGUGACAGUAAUUAAAAGUAACUUAAACCAAGUACAAUAAUGGAAGUUCAAGCAAGCAGUCCAACACAAAUAGAGCUAAUUAACUGGUGCAAAGGAGAAUCAGUAGAUUUAAAGCAUGCACUUCUGUUAUAUGGAGUGCCUGAAGGAGUUCCUACAGAAGACAUUGAAGAAACAGCAGGGACUAUCAAAUCCCUGGGGAGAGUUGCAGUUAGGGGCAAAAUGUUUCACCCUCAACAACAAUCGCUGAUGGUGUUAUGCGAGUGUCGUGAAGAGAUCCACCCCUCCAGAAUUCCCCCAGAGAUAAUGCCUGUAAGUGGCGGAAGUGGUUGGAAAGCUGUUUACUACACUGAGCCUCAACAUGAUGUGUUUGAAGAGAAAUUACUCACCUUUCUGCAGGGCGAAGGGAAAACCUUAGAGGACAUCCAAGGUUUAAGUAUCCCUUCCAAAGAAGGUAACAGUAACCCAGCAGACAUCAUCCGUGCAGUCGGUGAUGUUAUGCGAAGAACCAACAAACAGCCUGACGGCCACACAUAUCGACGUCUACGGACAUUUUCCGGAACCGGUCCCACCCCCGCUGGAGAAGAGUCCUUAGACAACUGGCUUGAGCAAGCAACACUCUUAGUAGAUGAAGGUGAAUGCUCAGAUCAAGGGAAACGACGCCGGAUACUGGAAAGUCUCAAAGGGCCCGCCUUUGAAAUCAUUCAAGCUGUGCGUCUGACUCAACCUGAUGCUAGCCCGCGUGAGUACAUAGAGGCUAUAGAGAGCAUUUUUGGUACAGUAGAGUCUGCAGAAGAACUAUACCUGUCAUUCAGAGCCUUCCACCAGCAGCCUGGUGAACGUUUGUCUGAGUUCCUGCGAAGAUUAGAGAGAUCCCUUGUCAAAGUAGUACAAGGAGGUGGUUUAUCUGUCGGCGCAGCUAACGGUGCUCGUAUAGAGCAGCUCAUUAGAGGAUCCACCUCUGAGCUCAUGUUGCUUCAGUUGAAAAUUAGGGAGCGGAGAAAUGAUCCCCCUACAUUCCUGAACCUGUUAAGAGAAGUGAUGGAAGAGGAAAGUCGUCAAUCAGCCAGACUAAGCCAAGUGGCACCCCCGCGUCACCAGCGUGUACGCACCAUCCAGGCAGAAAAAGAGAAAGAAUCUGACUCAGCUUCUCGGAGUGAGUUACAAGCGCAGAUUGGAGAACUAAGAGCGCAGUUGGAAGAGAGAAACAACUCGCCACCUCAAUCACUACCUGAUGAUUCCUUCAAAGGCUAUAAAGAGAAGCAAAACCAGAAGAAUGGAUCACAGAGCGAACUACAUUCUCUGAAAAAACAAGUGAAGGCGUUGGAAAAUAAACUGAGUGUAAUGACAGUGAAAUACACCUCAGAACCCCAACGAGAACACAAAAUGCAGCCCCACCGACACAAAGGAGCUCCAGGUCAUAAGCCCACUCCUUCCAAAGUAUCCAAGGAAGAUGAAUGUUUUUGUUAUCGGUGUGGGGAAAAUGGUCACAUAGCUACUAGAUGUACUGCCCCGGAGAACCCCCGGAAAGUCAUUAGCAAGCUCAUACGCUUGGUGCGAAGCUCCUCUGACCCUAACAAAGAAAACCAAAGCCCACGGCUGAAGAGCAGUGUGUAG